AUGGACAGUAACACUGACCGCUCAGAAGUUACUUCCGAUUCGACACGAGAUGACUCAGACGAGGUCGACAGAUCGACAACAUCGACAACCUCGGAGCAAAGCAGGGAGGGCCAGCUUCAAUCUCCGCUCCUAGAAGGAGAACAACAAUCUGUUCCCCCGACACACAGCCUCCAGGCUGACGCCACUACCUCUCAUAUCCAAAAGGAUGACCAUCAUAUAGUCAACGAUCAUGCUCCCCAAGCGUUGUUGGAUGGAGAUCGCUCUGUUCCUCUCACCUCUCUAUCGCCUAAAAUCUCCCAGUCUGACGGCAAAGUUGACACCGCCGCCCGAUCGACCGUUCGUUCUGACGAUGCACAGAUAGGCGAGUCUGCAAUCGAUCAGCUACUCAAGCGAGACGAAGAGUUGUGGUAUGAGGACGGCAAUCUCGUCCUCAUCGCGAACAAUGUCGAGUUCCGCCUCUUCAAGGGCCCACUCGUAGCACAAUCGCUUGUCUUCAAAGACAUGCUAUCGCUUCCUCAGCCGCCGUCCCUCGAUAAUCAUUCGCGUGAGCACGUCUCCGGACCUUCCUACGCCACCGUACACCUUCACGGCGACUCGCUCCCUGACCUACGCCAUUUCCUCCGAAUACUGAUAUUCUUGUCCUACAGCUUCGGCGGUCUCUCUGACCCCACUUACCACCAGCUAUCCUCCGUCAUUCGCCUCGCGCACAAAUACCAAUGCGAGAAGCUCCUGGGAAGCUGUGUCGACUAUCUGAAGCGCUUCUACCACGACAACUUCGAAGGCUGGCGGGACAGCACCACAUGCAUCACACCACCGAACUUGGAGCGCAUCCACGCCAUCGGCGUCGUCAACCUCGCCCGCCUUCUCGGCCAGGACAAGAUGCUCCCAGGGGCGCUCAUGGCCUGCUGUCUGCUCGAGACCGGAAUUGUGGACGGGUUCGAGCGCGAGGACGGCACACGCGAGACGCUGUCGAACGAGGAUCUCGCGCGGUGCAUGGUGGGGCGCGCGAAGCUGCUGGAAGCCAACGUCCAGGCGACGCUCAGGAUCCUGCACCCGGAAGUCCACGAGGACUGUAUGCGCCGCGACACGUGUGGGGAAGUGCUGCUGAAGCUGCUGAAGACGCUCGAGGAGGGGACCGUGCUGUACUCUUUCCGGUGGGACUGGACGUGGACGGCAUACGUCGAGUGGGCGGACACGAGGCGCGAGCUGUGCCCACGAUGUUUCGAGAUGUUGGGCAAGGAAGGGAGGCAGAAGGAUCAGCAUUCCGAGAUCUUCAAUAGGCUUCCGGCGAUGAUGGGGAUCGACGUUGCGCAUUGGGGCAAGACACCGGAAGAGAUUGAGGCGUUGACGCAGGUGCAGACUGAGGUGGACAACGUUAAUGCCUGA